AUAGUAUUCAUUAAGCUAGGCAUCAGGGAUCAUGUAACAUCAAGACAUCUAAGAAAAAAAAAAGGGUACUGCUGGGAUUAUCAUAUAACUUUGUCUUUACAUUUUCAAAAUGGGGUAUAAAGCUAGGUUGGUCUGAGCUUUGCUUUCUUUAAAUAAUUCAUUAAGAAGCAGUGGUGUCUUGAUUUUCCAGGGCAGUUGAGCUAUAGGAUUGAAGUGGCUAAAGAUUACGUUUGUUCCUAGCUCCCAGGACCAAAAUCCAAGGCCUUCAUUUAACUUCUUUUAAGAACAGGGAUAAUGACCAAUUCAUGAAUGAGGAACAGCUUUUUUUUUUGUGGUUUUAAGCAUGUUUUGAUCAUUACACAAGGACUAUAUUUGUUCCUACAACAAGUAUGAAUGAGUUUGGUACUGAGAGAUCAAGGCCAUGGAACAUAUAUACAAGUUCAGAUCCAAGUCCAUCUCAAGCAGUAGCUGAUAAGGAAACUCCUUGGAAAGACUUUGGAGCAUCCAUGAAUGCCAUUUCUUUUGGCUUUGUUGCUACAGCUAUCUUGAUAUCAAUGUUCCUUAUAAUGGCCAUUUUCGAACACCUUUUUCGCCCCAACCCUGCUUUUUCUUCACCUGAUCAAGUUACUGAUGGUGGUUUAGGGUCUAGACCAAUUGAGAAACUUGGGAAUCAAGAAAGAGUAUCAUAUGCAUCAGAUUUCUCAGUGGUGAUGCCAGGAGAGCAAUAUCCUACUCAUAUUGCACAGCCUGCUCCUUUGCCUUGCCCAAGGGAAGGCAUCUAUUGGCCACCCCAUGAACAUAAUUUUGUAUUUCCCUAAAAGUGUACAAUAACACCAAGCAAAGCAUUCAUCAAGGAUGUAUGUACAUUUUAUCAACAAUCAAACACUUGCUCACUUUUCUAUAUUAUUAUACUCCAUUAUCCAAUGAAAUAUUUUAUCUUGAAGCUGGUUUGUGAAAGAAA